AUACAACAAAUUAACAUGAUAAAAUUACAAAAGUACCCUUAUUCUCUACCUCGGUAAGCCCUAAGGAUUCACUGUCUUCACCAGAAGAAGCUCGUCGCCGACCACCUUUGCCGUAGAGAACCGGAAGCUAAGCUCCUCACCUUUGUCGAAGAUUCUUCUUUCAGGCGUUAGCUCUAGGAUUUUAAACACUGUUUUUGGAAACUCCGGGAGCUAUAUAUUUUGCUUUUUGCAAGUUCACACUCUUGAGCUCUUUGCCUCUUGAAUUUCUCUACGAUUCACGAAUUUUUCAAGUAAUCAAUUUUCUGCUAAAUGACAUAUUGAUUUCACUGAAUUCAUCAACACUAUGAGGAUUGUUGCGGUUGCCAAAUCAUUUUGUGUUCGAUCCACUCUGCGGGAAAUAACUGGGCCUUUGCAGCAUCGUUCUUUCCAACAUGAUUUUGUUCCUAGGGAUCCCAAUGCCAAGCCUAAAAAGUAUAAAUACCCUGCAUUUUAUGAUCCAUAUGGUCCUAGGCCACCACCCUCGGAAAAAAUCCUUCAGCUUGCUGAACGAAUUGUAGGAUUAGCUCCCGAAGAACGGUCUCAGAUUGGUCCUGCUCUCACUCUCAAGCUAAUGCUACCAAAGCUGGAGAAGAUAUCAACAGAAGGGAUGGACUUGGGUUCACAAGGAGGGCCAGCUGCUGGGGCAAAGGCUGAAGAGAAGAAAGUGGAAAAAACAGCAUUCGAUGUGAAGUUGGAGAAGUUCGACACAGCUGCAAAGAUCAAGGUGAUUAAGGAAGUCAGGACUUUUACUAGUCUGGGUUUGAAGGAAGCUAAAGAUUUGGUUGAGAAGGUACCUGUUUUGAUUAAACAAGGAGUUACCAAAGAAGAGGCAGCUGACAUUAUAGAGAAGAUAAAGGCUGCUGGAGGAGUUGCAACUAUGGAGUAGGUUUUGUGAGUUGUUAUGUAUUGCCGAGUCUGUAUGGAUAUUCCCCAGUUUUGUGAUGUUGGGAAAUUCUUUAUCUUUCAAAGCUGAGUUUUUGUGAUGUGCAUGAAUUUUCAAUGGCCAUUGAUGAAAGAUUAUAAAGGAAUAAUGGUUAGAGUGAAAACCUUGAUUUGAGCCAGAUUUUGGAGUUAAGACUGCAAUCUGAGCUAUGUUUUCUUGUUUCAUUCCAAUAUGCUCUUUGCUUUAAUGUAUUUAGCUCUAUUUUUAGGUUCUAUCUAUGGAGAUAUCACUAUUUGAUAGGAGUUUUCAAAGCCA